AUGGAUCCUUUCUCAGCAGAGGGCGAGCUCCUCAACAUCCACAAUGCCUUCCACUCUGGCCAAUACCAGAACGUGAUCGACUUCGACACCGCCGCCCUCUCCUCCGAGAACCAGCUCCCUGCCCGUGUGCUCAAGCUCCGCGCUCAGAUUGCCAUCGGUCAGACCUACAACGUGCUGGCUGCUGUCGCCAGCGAAGAGGACACCCCCGACCUGGCCGCCGUCAAGGCACUGGCUCAGCAGACAGCGGGCAACACUGACGCAGCCCUCCAGUUAGCUCAAGACCUUGCUGAGAAUUACUCCGACAAUGCUACCGUGCAGGUUCUCGGUGCCACCGUUCUGCAGGCCCAGGGAAACAGCGAGGAGGCUCUGGCGCUGCUGUCCAAACACCAGGGUAGCCUCGACGCUGUUGCCUUGACCGUUCAGAUUCACCUCCAACAAAACCGUGCCGACCUCGCUCUCAAGGAGGUCCAGGCCGCCAAGCGCUGGGCCCAGGACUCGCUGCUGGUCAACCUGGCCGAGUCGUGGGUUGGCAUGCGAGUUGGUGGUGAGAAGUACCAAUCCGCUUUCUACGUCUACGAGGAGCUCGCUUCCGCUCCCAGCACUUCCGCUGCGCUGUCCAUUGUCGGUCAGGCCGUCGCAGAGCUUCACCUGGGCCGCCUCCCUGAAGCUGAGGCCGCGCUCACCGCUGCUCUUGAGAAGUACCCCGAGGAUGCAGAGCUGAUUUCAAACACGAUUGUGUUGAGUGUGUUGGCGGGGAAGCCUAGCGCAGACCUGGAGGCUCGGCUACAACAGGUGCAGCCUUCGCACGCUAUUCUUGUCGGCAUCCAAGAGAAGAGCGAGUUCUUCGACACCGCGGCGGCUAAGUACUCGCCGAGGGUGUCGUCUUAG